AUGGACAGCUGUGUUAGCCUCACCUACAGCUCGAAAGAGGAGGCGGGCCGGCACGCUGUGGCACGACGUCAUCUCUCUCCCGGCGAACUUGUGCUUGCUGCGGCGCCGUUUGGGCUCGUCAUGAACCCGAAUUAUUGCCCCAGCGCCCUCUACCUUUCCUCCAAAGCCACAGCGACGUCCGAUGCGGCAACCAGUGCCUCAAGCGCGGGCUCGGGUGGCAAGACGACUAAGAAGUCGAAGCCGACGGCGGCGAAGAAGGCAGGAGGAGGGCAUGGCGGUGGUAAUCGGGCAAACGGCGCAGCCAUGGCAUCGGCAGCGGGCGAAUCGGCGUCUGCGUCGCACUACACGCAUGCACUGGAGGACGAGGCUGGCGUGCAGGGCGAGGUGUCGCUGACGAGUACCUCUCGCUGGUACACUACGACGCCGACGUGGUGCUCCGUGUGCUUUCAAGAGAUCCCUGCAGGCCGGUGGCUGUGCAACCGUGGAAGCCUCGCCGAGCUGGCAAUGGACAUUACUCAGGAGCAAGAGGAGCUUGACCGAAUUAUCAGGGUCGCCGAGGCACGGGCCACCGGCUCUGACGAGGCUGGCAAAGGCGGCGAGGGUGGCGACAACGGUGCUCGUGACGACGACGCGGCCUCCGCAACUGCAGCAGCGGCGUUCCGCAAGUUGAAGAAGCCGUCCAAGUCUUCCGAGACCCGCAAGGACGGCGCGGUGGAGCUGAGGCAGCGUUUACAAGAAAAGGCUCUUGCGCUGAAGGAGACGCUCCUCUUGAGGCGGCGGCUGCAGCGCCGUCGUCGUGUUGAGCAAGGGCUGCCGGUGGUGCGCCGCGAAGGGUGGGAGGAGACGUCGAGAUCUUCCUCGCCUGACGCGGCGGCAGCGGCGUAUGGCGAGCCGGCCAUGUCUGGCUGCGCCGGCUGUGGCGUCCUCUGCUACUGCUCCGAGGCGUGCUGGCGCGCUCAUCGCGACGAGCACGAGCAGAGCGGCGAAUGUGCCUUGGUGCGGUCUCUGUACCCUCGGCUCAUGGCUGCGUACUACACGAUGGGCGUGGCCAGCUCUUCGGUAAGCGCCGGGGGCGCGUCCGGCACUGCUGUGAUGCCGGGAGACGAACCACUGCACUGGGCAAGGUCGACAAGCGAGCCGCGAAUGCUCGAGUUCCAGUCGCUGCUCUUCAGUGCCAUUGUGGUGGCACGUGCGUGCCGUGCCGGGUACCAGGCCCGCUGCGCUGCUACAGCUGAGGAUGCCGCUGUGCGCCCGGAGGGCGGUGUCGCGGCGCAGAUAGCAGCGCCCUCCGUUGCCGAUGGCGGUUCGGCUUCUGUCAAAGCUAGCUCGCAAGCCAACACCUUGGACGAACAGUUCCUGCUGCCUACAAGUGACAGCGCGAUGUCGGGCCGAGGUGAGCAGCGCGGCCCAGACACGCUGCUGGCAGGCUCCACGCCAACGGCGGUGGACUCCGUGGUUCUUCCAAAGGAGGUGUGGUCGAUUAACGAGAUUCGCGGCAAGGCGGGCCUGACAGGCACAGUGGAGGUGCUCGACGCCGACCCUGAGCUGCGCCGCCUCGCUCGUGAGGUUUCGGAACCGGGAGACCACUCAAGCGCUGAAGGGCAGCCGGAUGGCUCCCGCGACUCGCCUGCUGCGGACCCGUGUGCAGUCAGAACGACGAAUGCGGCACUGGUGGGCAGCUACACCAGCAUUAAAGCCAACAGGGACGCUGCCGACGACGACCCUCUUCCGCAGAUCCGUGCGCGAACUCCGCGAUACGCGGACUUGGCUCAGAUGGAGACAAACUUGUCCGUCAUCUCGAAGCAUCACCGCAGCACAUACCAGCGCUACUACCGUGCCUUCGUGAAGCGGGUUCUGCCGGCGCUUCAGCAGCUCCUUCUUCAACAGAGAGGCGUCACCACCGUCGGCGGCAGUGGCAGUGGCAGCCGUGUGGACGCAGCAUCGCGGCCGUUGGCGCCUCUCGAAGAGGGCACCGGCGACGUGCUGCAGGUAUCAGAGGUGUACUUUCAGCGACUGUGCGCGGCUGCGCAGUGCAACAGUUUCGGUGUCUAUGAUACGCAGGAGCACUGCAUCGGCUUCGGCAUAUACCCAGAGGCGUCAUACUUUAACCACUCCUGCGUGCCGAACUUGUGCCGCGUCAUGCAUCAUGGCGGCCGCAUCGCUGCUUUCUAUGCACUGCGCGCUAUCGCGCCACAGGAGCCGCUGACAAUCUGUUACACAGAUGUGGAGCAGCUGAACAGUGCUGAGCGGCGCCGGAAUCUGCUCGGAACUUACCGCUUCUUCUGCAUGUGUGAGCGAUGCAGCGGAAAGGCGGAGGGGCCGCAGAUGGCGAUCGCCGCCGCAGGCAACCGCGCGAGUGUCAGCGGCCCGCGCUCCGGCUGUGUGGAGGUUUCGCCGGCGGCCUUCGAGAACCCACUGCUGUUGUGUGCUGAGUGCUCGAUCCACGGAUAUCUGCGUCCGCUGCCUCCACCGUUUUGCAGCUCCUCGUCUGUGGCGUCCGAAUCUGCCGUCAUAUCGACACCGUCGUGGACCAUGCAGGAAGUAGAGACGCGGCAGUGCACGGUGUGCCGGUCACGAGUCGUGCGCGAAGCUGUGGCUGCCGCAGCGACGCUUCAGUGA